CCCGAGGUCCCAGACGCCCGGCGCAGCGGGAGCGGCGGGGCGUGCCUGGCCUGCGGGACGCGACCGAUCGCAGUGGGGCGAAUCGGGGCCGGAGCCGCCCGCGGUCAGGAGCAGCAAUGUCUGUGCAGGUAGCGGCUCCUGGAAGUGCAGGGCUGGGCCCAGAGCGCCUGAGCCCUGAGGAGCUGGUGCGGCAGACGCGGCAAGUGGUCCAGGGGCUGGAGGCGCUGCGGGCAGAGCACCAUGGCCUGGCUGGGCACCUGGCGGAGGCCCUGGCGGGACAGGGCCCGGCAGCCAGCUUGGAGAUGCUGGAGGAAAAGCAGCAGGUGGUGAGCCACUCGCUGGAGGCCAUCGAGCUGGGGCUGGGCGAGGCCCAGGUGCUGCUGGCCCUGUCGGCACAUGUGGGUGCACUGGAGGCAGAGAAGCAGCGGCUGCGCUCGCAGGCCCGGCGGCUGGCCCAGGAGAACGUGUGGCUGCGGGAGGAACUGGAGGAGACGCAGCAGCGGCUUCGGGCCAGCGAGGAGUCCGUGGCCCAGCUGGAGGAGGAGAAGCGCCACCUGGAGUUCCUGGGGCAGCUGCGACAGUACGACCCACCGGCGGAGAGCCAGCAGUCUGAGUCCCCGCCUCGCCGAGACAGCCUGGCCUCCCUGUUCCCCAGCGAGGAGGAGGAGAAGAAAGGUCCUGAGGCUGCAGGAGCAGCAGCGGCUCAGCAGGGUGGCUAUGAGAUCCCUGCCCGCCUUCGGACCCUGCAUAACCUCGUGAUCCAGUACGCGGGGCAGGGCCGCUAUGAGGUGGCGGUGCCUCUGUGCCGCCAGGCCUUGGAGGACCUGGAGCGCAGCUCGGGCCACUGCCACCCUGACGUGGCCACCAUGCUCAACAUCCUGGCGCUGGUGUACCGGGACCAGAACAAGUACAAAGAAGCCACAGACCUUCUCCAUGAUGCCCUGCAGAUCCGGGAGCAGACGCUGGGCCCUGAGCACCCCGCGGUGGCCGCUACGCUCAACAACUUGGCCGUCCUCUAUGGGAAGCGUGGGCGUUACCGGGAGGCAGAGCCCCUGUGCCAGCGCGCUUUGGAGAUCCGAGAGAAGGUCCUGGGUGCUGACCACCCAGAUGUGGCCAAGCAGCUCAACAACCUGGCCCUGCUGUGCCAGAACCAGGGCAAGUUUGAGGACGUGGAGCGGCACUAUGCCCGGGCCCUGAGCAUCUAUGAGGCACUGGGCGGGCCCCAUGACCCCAACGUGGCCAAGACCAAGAACAACCUGGCCUCAGCUUACCUGAAACAGAACAAGUAUCAACAAGCGGAAGAGCUGUACAAAGAAAUCCUCCACAAAGAGGAUCUACCCGCCCCUCUCGGUGCCCCCAACACAGGCACAGCUGGUGACGCAGAACAGGCCCUUCGCCGCAGCAGCUCACUCUCUAAGAUCCGUGAGUCUAUCAGGCGAGGAAGUGAGAAGCUGGUCUCCCGGCUCCGAGGCGAGGCGGCGGCAGGAGCAGCCGGAAUGAAGAGAGCCAUGUCACUCAACACACUGAACAUGGAUGCUCCAAGGGCUCCUGGGACUCAGGUGAGGGGGACAUCUGGGUCAAAAAUAGAGGGGGCCGUGUGGGUAGGUGCAGAGAUGAGGCAAAGGCAGGGCGGUCGGGCCAUUGUUGGAGUCAGCAGGUGGUGGGUUGGUGUCAGAAGAGACCCAGGACAGGAGCAAAGAUGGGUUUUACUUGGGGUAGAGGCGAGGGGGGUGGAUAGUUGGCUGCUAGGCUGGACCUGGAGCUGGAGGGUGGACGUAACACUUGCCCCUCCCCUCCAACCAUCCCCUGUGCCUGUCUCCAGUUUCCCAGCUGGCACCUGGACAAGGCCCCUCGGACCCUCAGCGCCAGCACCCAGGACCUGAGCCCCCACUAACGUGAACUGCGCUGGCCGCAGCUUCUUGGGAACAGUGCAGGAGGCAUGGGCUGGUGGGGUGAGAGGGGGGUCUAUCAUCUCCUGGCCCCCCCUUGCCUCUGGGUACCUGGUGGAUAGCUGCCUUCUCCUGCGAUUAAAGGCUGUGGACGUGACAGUGAGAAAUGUCACCUGA